UUGUACCACAAGGUAUGCAUCAUUCAUUUGUUAUUUUGAAUACAAGCCAACAAAACCAAUGCAAUCAUUCCUACAAAAAUUACAUUAUUAUAUAUAGAAGGGGCCGCCCAAACUGACCACUAUGCGGUCGUCUCAUGCCUUCCGGUUCACUACCCUCAUCUUGUUUUUAGUUCUUCUUGUGUCAGUGUCCGAGUCUACUCCGCCGGAGGACCCUAUCAAAUGCCGAUCCCCAAACGCCAACUGCACCAUUACAAACGCCUACGCCACCUUCCCAGAUCGGGCCAUCUGCCGGGUGGGAGAGGUGAAGUACCCAACCACAGAGGCGGAGAUGAUCUCCGCGGUGGCGGCGGCCACGAGGGCCAUGAGGAAAAUUAAGGUGGGCACUCGAUUUUAUCAUAGCAUUCCGAAGCUGGCAUGCCCGGAUGGGGUUGAUGGGGUGGUGAUAAGCACCAAGUUCCUGAACUGGGUUUUGAAGGUAGAUGGGGAGGGCAUGAGUAUAACCGUGGAGGGUGGAGUGACGGUGAGGGAGAUCAUAGAGGUGGCUGCGGCGGUUGGGCUUGCGUUGCCGCAUGCGCCUUAUUGGUGAGGCCUCACAAUUGGUGGGCUGCUGAGUACGGGGGCACAUGGCAGCUCGUUGUGGGGCAAAGGGAGUGCUGUUCAUGAUUACGUUGUGGGGAUGAAAAUGGUGAGUCCUGGAGGAGCCCAAGAUGGGUACGCCAAAGUUCGGAGGCUUGUUGAUGGCGAUCAACACCUCAACGCUGCCAAAGUUUCAUUGGGAGUUCUUGGAAUUAUUACACAGUUCACUCUGAAAUUGCAGCCCAUGUUCAAGCGAUCCAUCACCUAUUUUGAAAGGGAUGACACUGAUUUGAGCGAUGAAGUGAUUAGCUUCGGUAGAAGCUACGAGUUCGCAGACAUGACUUGGUAUCCAAGCCAGCGAAAAGUUGUGUAUCGCACAGACACCCGCGUUUCAUCCAAUACAUCCGGCAAUGGCUUGUAUGAUUUUAUUCCAUUUUGUCCCACACCCUCAGCCGGCUUGGCCAUUGUUCGUGCCUCAAAGGAGUACCAAGAAGCAAGGCGUGAUGCAGCUGGGAAGUGUCUUAGUGCAAAGAUUAUCACGUCACUUCUCUCACUAUCAGCUUACGGAUUAACCAACGAUGGUAUCACAUUUCUCAAAUAUCCAGUCAUCGGGUAUAACAAUCGGCUUCAAUCCUCUGGAUCUUGCCUAGACAGUGUCAAUGAUCUUAGAAUCACAGCAUGCCCUUGGGAGCCAUCGAUAAAAGGGGAGUUUUUCCACGAAAUAGGUAUCAGCAUUGACUUAAAAGUGGUGAAAGGUUUCAUAGAAGACGUGAGAAAGCUUGGUGAGUUAGAGCCCAUGGCGUUUUGUGGCCUUGAGCUCUACAAUGGCAUAUUGAUGCGCUAUGUCAAAGCCUCCACAGCCUACUUGGGGAAGGAAGAAGAUGGCAUCAACUUUGACUUCACAUAUUAUAGGAGCAAAGACCCAAUGAGUCCAAGGCUUUUUGAAGACGUGCUUGAAGAGGUGGAACAAAUGGCGUUGUUCAAAUAUGGAGGUAUUCCGCAUUGGGGGAAGAACAGGAACAUUGCAUUUCUUGAAGCGAUUGGGAAGUACAGAAAUAGAGAAGGGUUCUUGAAGAUUAAGAAUGAAUAUGAUCCGUAUGGGCUGUUCUCAAAUGAAUGGACCAAUCAAAUUCUUGGAGUGGAAGGAACUGUGAGCAUAGAUAAAGAUGGGUGUGCCUUGGAAGGAUUGUGUUUAUGCUCUAAAGAUAGUCAUUGUGCCCCAAGUAAGGGCUACUUUUGUAGGGCUGGCAGAAUUUAUAAGGAAGCUAGAGUUUGUUCUUAUAUAGGAUUCAAACCUUAGC